AGUUAUGUUGUUUUCGCAUAAUGGUUCUCUGGAAGAAUCUCCCUUCUGAAAUGGAUGCUGUUGUCUCAACUCCUAGGACUGCCACCACAGCUGUUUUGGCCACCCUCUUCUUACUUGUCCAACUUUGUGAUGCCAACAAUGUAUACGCCAAGAGAGGCUCUUCCCUAGAGUUGCCCUGCCCAUGUCAAUCUUGUUCUGGUACUCAAGAAAUGUCCUGGUAUUAUGCCCAGCAAGGCAAAACAGUUUUACUCUUCCGCAAAUUCUCCAACGACCAUAUAAAGCGUUUUCCAAAUGCCUGGAGCUGGCUGGAGAUGCUUCAGAAUAACUCGCUUCAAUUUCACCAUGUGAGGGAUAAUGACACAGGCCGUUAUUGGUGUGACAUGAACCAUUUUUAUGAUCUUGUGGUGGUGACAAGCAAUCAGCAAAGGAUGGAGUCCUACCAGGCUGAUAGCGUGUGCUACAUCUUGAGCUGUUUAUUCCCAUCCAAGAAAUACUACAGGGAUGUGAUAACCUGGUGGGAAGAUAGAAAACAAAUCCUGGAUACUGAUCAGAUGGGAAGACCCAGCAUAUUUAAGGGGGAAAGGGCCUCUCAACUCCACAUUUGCAUGAAAAAAGAGGCUCUGGAGAAAAGCAUGAAGAAGCAAGUCAAAUGCAGCUUUGCUCGGAAGACCCAUAUCACGUUCAAGUUGACGGAUAAUCAUCAUGAUCUCUGUACUUGUAGUACUUUGAUGCCUUCUUUUCAGGGCUGCCGACGGACCACAACAAGUGCCUCCUAUUUCAUCCUACUUGUCACGGUCCCUUUGGAGCCUGAGUCCGAGGAGGAGGAUGAGACAGAGCUAGGGCACACGGAGGAACAACCGGAGAAGCAGGGCGAGGCAGUCCCAGGUCCCUUGGGUCUGGGAACAGUUGCCAGUGAGGGAGAGGGGGUGCAGGAGGACCAGGCAAUGGAGGAGGACAGGGCAGGCAGCAGAGCAGAGGAGCAAUGA